UUUUACUGUGACAAUUCUCCCAUCGGCUUCGGAACGUACACAAAUUGUCAAUGCUUUGUGAUUUUUACAAUUUUUGGUAGCAUUUUGCCGCCUCUGUGGAUUUUCAAAGUGGAAAAAGAACUUAAUACCAUCUCAAACUCGUCGCAAACGGGUUAAGCGCGUUAGAACUCUCGUGGGCAAUUCCCAUUGCGGUUUCAUUGGUUUUUUUCUAUACUGAUCGAACAAGUAUCGAUCGCACAGCCCUAAAAAUGAGUGCUAGCGAAGAGCAACACGAUCAGCAGCCGCGUGCCGAUUCUCCCACGGUCGAUGAAGAACGCCCACCUGGUGCGGGCGAGGUGGCCGAGCAUGAGAUCGUUAAGAUGGAGGACGUAAUCACGAUCGAUCCCGAGACGACCGAGGUCGAUCUGAACCAUGGCCGGAUUGGGAAGAUCGAGAAUCUCGAACCUCUGACGAAGCUGGAACGACUGUACCUGCGUUGGAAUUUAAUUAAAAAAAUCGAAAAUCUUGACCAUCUGACGUCGCUGCUGGAGCUCGAGCUGUACGAUAAUCAGAUCACCGAGCUGGAAAAUCUGGACAAUCUCGUCAAUCUGGAAAUGCUCGAUGUCAGCUUCAAUCGGCUGCAUCAGAUCAAGAACCUGUCCGCGCUGACCAAUCUGCGCAAGCUGUUCCUGUGCGCUAAUCGCAUCUCGCUGAUCGAAAACCUUGACCACUUUAGCAGUCUGACCAUGCUGGAGCUGGGUGAUAAUAAGAUAAGGAAAAUUGAAAACCUCGACAAUCUGUCCAGCCUAACCCAUCUGUACCUGGGCAAGAACAAAAUUACGAAAAUUGAAAAUCUCGACAAGCUGGGCAAGCUGGAAUGCUUGAGCUUGCAGUGUAACCGGCUAACCAAGAUCGAAAACCUGGACCAGCUGGUAAAUCUGACCGAACUGUACCUGUCCGAGAACGGCAUAGAGACGAUCGAAAAUUUGGACCAAAACAAACAGCUCGAAACGCUCGAUCUGGCCAAGAACCGGGUCAAGCGCAUUGAAAACAUUGAACACCUGGAAAUGCUGGAGGAAUUUUGGAUGAACGACAAUGGCGUGUCGGAGUGGACGUGUGUGGAUAAGCUGGCCAGCAACAAGAAGCUGGCAACGGUCUACCUGGAGCGCAAUCCGGUAGCGAGCGACGUGAACUAUCGUCGAAAGCUGAAGCUGGCCGUGCCUUGGUUGCAGAAGAUCGAUGCCACGCUCUGUCGCUAGGAAGUGUGGUGUGAGUCUGUCCUAUUUUUGUAAUGCAGUUAAAUAAAGCUAAGAUCCAAAAGGUGGAUAGUAUUAGGA